GUCUAACUCAAUGUGGCAAACAUACAGGAACUUAAAGUUGUUGACUUUUCUGUCAACAAGCCUCAAUGAGAGGAGGAAAUGGCCUGAAUUAUUUCAUCUGCUAGAUUCUUUUGUAGACUGUUAGAUUUUCUUGCUAAUCAAUUUCUUUGUCUCCCGAGACUCAGCUGCUGGGGUAGACAGGAAAAAACCUCAAGCGGACAGAUUUACAUUUAUUCAACAACUGUAUUAAUGGACUAGUGACUUUGUCUGGAAACGUAUGUCAUAGUAGAGUCCUUAAAGUUCCCUUUUCUUACCAAAAUGAAGAAACUGAAAGGAUGAAGACAUUCAGCUUCUCUAGGAACAAAGCUGUCAAGCUUAAAAGUUCCAAAUCCUUCAAAAAGCCCAGGGAAGAAAGUUUACUACUGACAACAAAAGAUGACUUACUGAUGAUUAUUUUUAAUACAUGGUUUUCAAAGGUGUGAACAUUUUAUAUUAUCCAUGGAGAAUUAAAUCUCUCACGGAGAAAAAAAUGCAUAUCUCUCUAUUAAAACUUGAUCACCAGGCAAAGUUGGAUCAUCACCGAGUCUAGCACCGCUCUAUUAAAGAUUUAAACAAAAAAAAAGUUUGGGAUGGUAAGGUGAUGUUGUAUUGCUUAUUUCCUUCAUUAAUCUCUCCUCAGUUGGGCUAUUGCUAUGUGGGUCACUACUUGACCACCAUAAUGUUUGGCGCUGGUGAACUCGACUCUUUGUGCCUUUGACUUGGGACCGACAAAGGUUCCAAACUCAGCGCUGACCCUUGCUUUGACCUGGGGCUAGUCACUGAACCACUCAGCUUCACUUGCAAAAUGGGAAUCACAAGAACAGCUUUUGUCAUGAUUGCGACUAAAUAAGAUUCAGAAUUUAAACACAAUUCCAGGCAUACAAUGUUAAUUUAACCAUUCGAUACACUUAUUUCUUCAUCCAAUUCUCCAAACGUUCCAACUAACGUUCAUCUAGCCUCCAAAUGGGCCAGGAAUUUAGCAAAGGAAGGAACCAGCCUGCGCCUGCCUUGCCCGGGGACCGCCACCCCGUGUCACAGUUUGGGGGUGACUCGGCCCCCCGCGCCGAAACCGACGAUCAAAAUGCUUGUCGCGGCCUCGGGUCCGGAUGAGGGGCCUCAUCAAGCGUCUCGGCCAGACUUCGCCUUCCGGGGAGAACAGCGAGCGCCUGGUGAAGGUAUACCAAUAACUAGUGCCUCCUACUAUGCCACAGUGACCCUGGAGCAGGUUCAGCAUAUAUUCCGUUCUGACACAGACGUUCCCAUGCCUUUGAUAGAAGAGAGGCAUAGGAUUCUGAAUGAAACUGGGAAAAUUCUGCUCGAGAAGUUUGAAGGCUCUUUUCUUAAUUGUGUCCGAAAAAGUGAACAAAGCGCACAGAAGUUAAUGCACCUGGUAGUUGAAAGUUUUCCUUCUUACAGAGAUGUGACUCAGUUUGAGGGAAAAAGGAUUUCUUUUUAUAAACGGGCCCAGAUCCUUGUGGCGGAUACAUGGAGUGUGUUAGAAGGACAAGGAGAUGGUUGCUUUAAGGACAUUUCCAGUAUCACCAUGUUUGCUGACUAUAGAUUACCUCAGGUUCUUCUUCAUCUUGGGGCCCUGAGAUACUCUGAUGAACUACAGAAGAAGCUUCUUAAAGGAGAAAUGCUCUCAUAUGGGGAUAAGCAAGAAGUAGAAAUCAGAGGGUGCUCAGUUUGGUGUGUUGAGCUGAUCCGGGAUUGUCUUUUGGAGCUUAUUGAAAAAAAAGGUGAAAAAAUUAGUGGAGAGAUCAAUUCCAUUCUUCUGGAUUAUUACUUAUGGGACUAUGCCCGUGAUCAUAGGGCUGACAUGAAUGGAAUUCCAUUUCAUCAUACACGUUGCAUAUAUUAUUGACCUAAAGUGUAAACUGAUCCAGAGAAACCUCCCUGCAUUUCUCUAUCAUAUCAUCAUUUGUACAGUUUUGCUUUGAUGUUAGAAGAUGUACAGAUUACAGGAACAAGAAAAUUGAUUAACCAGUUCCCACUUAAAUUUUUUUUCUGACAUGUCACUGUGUAUUCCUAACUUUAUCCUUUGUUUGCUUGUUUAGUUUUGACUAUUUUUACCGUUUCUGUGGACACAUAAUUGAUAGAAAUAAUGAAGGAAUUAUAAUGCUUUCACCUUUUAAAUCUUAUAUUUCUUAAAAUCAUGCCUUAUAAAAUUGAAUUAAUCUACCGUGAGAAUAUUUUAGCCAUUUAAUCUUUUCUUAAAAUAUAGUAAUUUUUUAUAUACCUUAAUCAUUUGAUAGUAAAAAAAAAAAA